AAACACAGGUAACUGCGACACCCGGACAUCGAGAGGGGAUGGACACAGUUCCGGUGGAGAGCACGACCGAAUGGAAGGAGAGGCAAGAGCAAUGAGAGAAAACUGCCAAUAAAUCUGUUCCUAUAUAGCACUGAGUUGCUGCCUGCUGUCAUUUUGUUGAAGCUGUAAUGUCGAUGCUGUCCACUUACGCACGGCGUAUGAUGCGCCUGAGCUCACAGAUCUUUCACGAGGUUGUGCGACCCACUGAUGAGCGUUCGAUGAAAGUGGUGAAGCUGUUCAGCGAGCAGCCUCUAGCCCUGCAGAAACAGGUCUAUGACUGGUAUCCUCAGCACAAUCAGUACUAUGCUCUCAUGAAGAAGCUGCGACUGUUCGGUUUGUACAGGGAUGAGCAUGAGGAUUUCAAAGAGGAAAUGAGGCGACUCAGAAAGUUGCGAGGCAAAGGGAAGCCGAAGAAAGGAGAGGGCAAGCGAGCCCUGAAGAAGAAAUAGAGGUGGAUCAGAUCUGGCUGCAGACUCGCCCUCUGACUGGUCAGCUACAUCUGGCUGCCUCUCCCUAACUGCCCCUUUCUGUCAGUACUUUUAUUUUAAAAGAAAUGUGAAACGUGUCUUUGUCAUGUUUCUGCCCUUCUAACUUCCCCUUUCCCUUGCCCCAGCCUCUCUCCUCACAUGACACGUGCUGUUCUAUAUUCUAAAUGAAGCAGAGUUCUGGACCAAGCCUUGGAUCCAGGGGAGCAAGUCAAGUCAAGCUAAGCUAAGCUACUCAAUCACACCCCCCACCCCAGUUUCUGAUGCUGCUUUGGGUGCAGGUAUUAACCAAUUGAGAGUGGAAGCUGCCAAAUAGUAUGCCAGGUUACCUGAUGUGCCCCUAGUCAACUUGGCUUCAUUCAAGAUGCCAUGACUACUGAGGGCACCCUUACCUCGGGACUGGGAUGGGCACAAAUCGGUCAGAUUCCUCUCAAUCACUCACUCACCCUCGUCACGUUCUUCCUGUUAAUUUAGCGCAGCUUAUCCAAUUAUGUCACAAUAUGAUAGUGGGGAAAGCAGAAGUGACCAAUCCCAAGAACUAGAACAAGGAUUGAGCCCUUCCCUUUGGUGUAAGUAAGAACCACAGUCCAACCAGUUGAGUUGACAGCAGGUCUUUAGAUAACAGCCCAUAUGCCCCUUCAAUGUCAAGUGCCUAAGAGAGAUAGAGGGGUAUUGUGUACUCAUUUGACACCUGUACUUUUUUUCUGAUGAAUUGAUGGAGUACUAGGCAGCUUGUGAACCAAUAAUUGGGUUGAAUUGGAAGGUUCAACUACCUCAAGUCACUCAGUGUUAGGACUGUGUGUGUGAGACCACCUUCCAGGGAUGUGAAUGGGGUUAGCUGACGAACUCAUGCCAUUGUGAUUACAGCACAGUGACCUGAGCUGAAUUGGUGGCUGCCUCUGUACAAAUGCAUUGUAAUAAAUUCUGCACUGUAAUAAA